AUGCCGCUCCCGCUGCUGCUCGCCGCGCUCUGCCUCGCCGCCUCCCCGGCGCCCGCGCGCGCCUGCCAGCUGCCGUCGGAGUGGAGACCCCUGAGCGAAGGCUGCCGCGCCGAGCUGGCCGAGACCAUCGUGUAUGCCAAGGUGCUGGCGCUGCACCCCGAGGUGCCCGGCCUCUACAACUACCUGCCGUGGCAGUACCAAGCUGGAGAGGGAGGGCUCUUCUACUCCGCGGAGGUGGAGAUGCUGUGUGACCAGGCGUGGGGCAGUAUGCUGGAGGUGCCCGCCGGCUCCCGGCUCAACCUGACAGGUCUGGGCUACUUCUCCUGCCACUCCCACACCGUGGUCCAGGACUACUCCUAUUUCUUCUUUGUAAGGAUGGAUGAAAACUACAAUCUCUUGCCACACGGAGUCAAUUUCCAAGACGCCAUCUUUCCAGACACGCAGGAGAACAGAAGGAUGUUUUCCAGCCUCUUCCAGUUCGCUAACUGUUCCCAAGGGCAGCAGCUGACUACAUUCUCCAGUGACUGGGAGAUCCAGGAAGACAACAGGCUCAUGUGCUCCUCGGUGCAGAAGGCCCUGUUUGAGGAAGAGGACCAUGUCAAGAAGCUGCAGCAGAAGGUGGCCACCCUGGAGAAGCGGAACAGGCAGCUCCGAGAGCGAGUCAAGAAGGUCAAGAGGUCUCUGAGGCAGGCACGGAAGAACAGCCGCCACUUGGAGCUGGUGAACCAAAAACUCAAUGAGAAGCUGGGGGGCCCAGGUGCUCAGCAGCAUGUGAAUGCUCUGGGCCGGGAGCCCGCGCGCGCCCCCUAUCGGCGUGGGUAGCAGGUGCAGGUGGAUGCAGGCCUGCCUCGGCUGUGCCGCUGACUGAGAGGACAGACAGAUGCAGGCUCUAUAUACACACUUAUUUCAAACUAUAGGAGAUAUCAGUUAGGCAUUUGGUAGAGUCUAACUGGGUAAAGUGGCAAGUCUUGCUUUCUUUCCCCUUGGGUGCUAACCUUAAUGGCCACUUGGAGCAUGCCCUCUUUCUGCCAUGGUGCCACACAAGAGCCUUAAAACCAGAAGGCAAUAGGAUCUUGAGGCUCUCAGCCUCUAGAGAGUCCCUUCAUUGGGGAGAGAACAUUCUAGAACCUCGGUAUACAGGAAGCUAUCACGGGACUAGGCUUUUAUUUCAGAAGAGAGUCAGUGUUGAGUUUCAGCCACCAGAGCUGGUAAACACAUACUGUUCUAAAACAUUCUGGAAUGUUCUGCUCUGCCCCAUGUUUUUAGAAAUGGUGUCUACAUGUAAAUGUGCAGGACACCCAUACUUCAGUCAGUAUUUCUCCCAUCGCCGAAGCAUGUUAAGACUUAACGAGUUCAUUACAGUAAGGGAACCCGGCAAGGAGCUGAGGCAGCUAGUAAUUGGUAAAGAUAAAUUAUAUCUGUUUCCCCGCCCCAGCUCCCCAGAGCUGACAUGAUUACCUACAGGAUGUUUUCAUCUAUAGAGUAAUUGCUUCUAUGGACACACCAUAUUUCAUCACCCCAUAUUCCCAAAUUGGAAUCUAGCUCAGCCACUGUGGAGUCUUAACUUUGUGUUUGCUCAGCCUGCCAUGUCUUUGAGUUCAAGGUCGCUGACCCCAACACACUGAGAUUUUCUACUCUGCAAAUAAUGUCUCCCUGUCUGGAGGGAUUCAGUAAGCUCUAUGUUCUAGGCUCCCAAAGGGCUUUGCCCAGGUAUUCUAACCCAAGCUUCUAUGCAACCCUCAAGCCUCUGCCUGUAAACACGCAUGCGCGCGCUCUGGGCCCAGGUUCCCCAUAAAAGGGCUACGCAUACCCGAUACAGACACUUUCUUUUCAUCAAUAAGGGUACAGUCACUGUUCUUACCGCGGGCGGCCGUGUCAGAUCACAUCCCAGCUGUGUUAUCAGGAAGCCACCUGAGCGGCUUCCGGUUCAUCCUGUCUGAGGAUGGCUCUCCCGAUCUAAUGCCCUUCCGCACUGUCCCACCAAUAGAAAGAAUCCUUCGGCUCCACACGGUCAAGCACCCAGAACCCACUCGGGACACACGAAGCUGAUAGAAGUGGUCAUUGCUGUCACACCCUUAUCUUUCUGCUUGUAGGAAACCAGGCACCUCUGUGAGAAGUGCCUUGUACUGACUGAAUAUUGGUGAGGGUGGGGAUAAAUCUGUGCCCUUGGCUGGACAGGGUCUGAUGGGAAAGAACUUCUCUUGUGGGACCAAUCGCCAUCCCCUCCCCCACUCAGCCUUUAAGCAGUGCUACUCAUAAUACACUACAUAGGUGUGCCCUCUCAUUAAUUCUCCCUGGGAACAUUAAAUUAAAGCCGUUUUGUUACCUCCCAAGGGAAUGGUAAGCUUAGAGAUGAUAGAGCCAUGACUCAGAGAACUGUGGAAGCCACGGAGGUCUUAUGGUCUGCUUUUCCAAUAAACAUGAGCGGUGGUUCCAACGGCUGUAAAAAAAAAAAAUGAGUGUGUCUUUGGAUCGGGGAGGCUUCGGGAUUUCCAGCUUCAGCCUGGAAAAGUCAUUUAGAGCCUUUGGGGAGAUAGCUGGAGUGACCCUGGAACACUGAGGAAACUGUUCAAGCCUGAUCUUCUGCCCUCCCCUGAUGGA